ACAAAUGAUACCUAGACAACAAUAGUAUAAAUAAUGAUCAAGUGAGCAAAGUUGUCAAGAAGUCUUCUUUGCUUGUUUUUGCAUCAACCAUGGAAAUUUCAUAUUACAUACUCAUCUUCACUUUCCUAUACUUACUAAAGAACCAUUUCCUUGGAAAAUUCCAAAAUCUCCCACCAAGUCCCUUUAUCUCUUUGCCCAUUAUAGGCCAUCUAUAUCUACUCAAGAAAAAACCACUUCAUAAAACAUUAGCCAACAUCUCAGAAAAACAUGGUCCUUUGCUUUACCUUCGAUUUGGAUCGCGUCCAGUCUUGGUUGUCUCCUCCCCUUCUCUUGCAGAGGAAUGUUUCACCAAAAACGACAUUGUUUUUGCCAAUCGUGUGAGGCUGCUUGCUGGAAAACAUCUUGGUUACAACUAUACCAGCCUUGUUUGGGCAUCCUAUGGCCAACAUUGGCGCAACCUAAGAAGGAUUGCUACUCAUGAAAUCUUGUCCACUCAGAGAGUUCAAAUGUUUGCUGAUAUCCGUAGAGAUGAGGUUCGGGCUCUGCUGCAACGACUUCUAAGGGGGGAAACCAGUGGUGGAGAUACUAACACAACUGUGGUGGAUAUGAAGGCGGCUUUCUUUGAGAUGACACUGAAUAUCUUGAUGAUGAUGAUUGCUGGGAAGAGAUACUAUGGUGAUUCUGCUGGGAAAUUGGAGGAAUCUAGGAGGUUUAAAGAGAUUGUUAUAGAAACUUUCCAAGUGAGUGGUGCAACAAAUAUAGGAGAUUUUGUGCCACUACUUAAAUGGAUAGGAGUAAACAAACUUGAGGAUAAGGUUAAGUUACUGCAGGAGAAGAGGGAUAAAUUCAUGCAAGAAUUGAUUGAAGAGCACAAGAACCGUCGAAAGGGAUCUUCUUUAGAGCAAAAGAACAAUACCAUGAUUGAUGUUCUCUUAUCCCUCCAAGAUUCAGAGCCUGAUUAUUACACAGAUGAAGUGAUAAAGGGCAUGGGAAUAGUCAUGUUAACAGCAGGGACUGAUACUACAGCUAGCACAAUGGAAUGGGCAUUAUCAUUUCUUCUGAACAAUCCUGAGGCACUAAAGAAAGUUCAAAAUGAAAUAGACACUCACCUUGGAGAGGCAUCAAGAUUACUUGAUGAAUCGGACCUUGCUCAACUCCCUUAUCUCCAUGGAAUCAUAAACGAAACUCUCCGAUUGUGCCCAGCUGCUCCAUUACUUGUGCCACACGAGUCCUCGGAUGAGUGUAUCGUUGGAAGUUUUCAUGUACCCCGUGGGACAAUGUUGCUAGUGAAUUUGUGGGCAAUACAAAAUGAUGCUAAAUUGUGGGACAAGCCAAAUGAGUUCAAGCCUGAAAGGUUUAUCGAUUUCAAAGGUCAACGAGACGGGUUCAGGCUAAUGCCAUUUGGAUAUGGCAGGAGAGGAUGUCCAGGUGAGAAUUUGGCAAUGCAUGUGGCUGGUUUGGCAUUAGGAUCACUUAUUCAGUGCUUUGAAUGGGAGAGAGUAAGUGAAGAGCUGGUUGACAUGACUGGAGGACCUGGACUCACUAUGCCCAAAGCAAUACCAUUGCUAGCAAAAUGUAGGCCACGCCAAAAUACUGACAACCUUCUUGCUCAUUUGUAAUCACAAUUCUCCCCUGCACUCUCUUUCAGACACAACUAAAAAAUGCAGAAAAACGACGUUACAUUUGUCUAUGAGCACUUACUACAUAAACAUAGGCAAAGCAACAUCUAAUCUCAAGUAGCCUGCUAAUUGUUCACAGCUUGCAGGGCAUGAUCAGUGUAAUUAUUGGAGAGGGCAAGCUUCCUGUUCUAGCAUAUCUCUUCUUUACUUCCUAAUACAACAACUACUACGUCUCAAUCCCAAACUUCUAGUUGCUAAUAAAUAGUAACAUCUAAGUUAUGUUACACCUUCUGCUUUUGUUUGUGCAAUACUUGAAUACAAAUAUCAUUCAAUUUAUGCAUUGAAAUGGAUCGUCA